CCACGUUCGUCGGACGCGGUAAUGGUUAUGGCCUGGUCACUGCGUUUCGGGAACACGCGUAUUUAGGCCUGGGCAGAGGACCGCGGAGAAGAUCUUGACUUACAAUGGUGAGCACUCACCCCGCCGGCCGCGCGGUAAGGGUCAUCUACAUGAGGUGAAACAAGAGGCGCCUUCCACCGAGGAAUAGAGAGGAAGAAAGCCUGCAGAUUUGAACCUAUCUCCUUUUAAGCUGUUCAUCAUGAUGAAACUUAGACACAAAAAUAAGAAGCCAGGUAAAGGUUCCAAAGGCUGCAAGAAGAAUGGGAAGAAAGCAGCCUUCAAGGUGGCCUCCACUCCCCAGUUUGUUCACUCCAAUGAUCGUGCCAACAGGGAAGCUGGAUUAAAGAAGAGGGUUGAGGAGAUGAGGGAGAAGCAGCAGGCUGCCCGGGAGCAGGAGAAACACAGACGCAGGACCAUCGAGAGCUACUGUCAGGAUGUCCUGCGACGCCAGGAGGAGUUUGAGUCCAAGGAGGAAGUUUUGCAGGAAUUAAAUAUGUUUCCUCAGCUUGAUGAUGAAGCCACAAGGAAGGCUUAUUACAAGGAAUUCCGUAAGGUGGUGGAAUACUCUGAUGUGAUCCUGGAAGUUCUGGAUGCCAGGGACCCGUUGGGCUGCCGCUGCUUCCAGAUGGAGGAGGCUGUCCUGCAGGCAGAAGGCAACAAGAAACUGGUCCUGGUCUUGAAUAAGAUUGACCUGGUCCCCAAGGAGAUUGUAGAGAAGUGGCUGGAUUACCUUCGGAAUGAGCUGCCAACUGUGGCUUUCAAGGCCAGCACCCAGCAUCAGGUCAAAAACCUGAAUCGUUGUAGUGUGCCAGUGGGGCAGGCUUCUGAGUCACUGCUGAAGAGCAAAGCCUGCUUUGGAGCUGAAAACCUCAUGAGGGUUCUGGGGAACUACUGCCGCCUUGGUGAAGUGCGCACCCAUAUCCGUGUGGGAGUUGUGGGCCUUCCGAAUGUUGGGAAGAGCAGCCUGAUCAAUAGUCUGAAGCGCAGCCGUGCUUGCAGUGUGGGAGCUGUUCCUGGUGUCACCAAGUUCAUGCAGGAGGUCUACCUGGACAAGUUCAUCAGGCUGCUGGAUGCCCCAGGCAUUGUCCCAGGACCCAACUCGGAGGUGGGCACUAUUCUACGCAACUGCAUCCAUGUGCAGAAGUUGGCCGAUCCCGUGACCCCGGUGGAGACCAUCCUGCAACGCUGCAACCUGGAGGAGAUUUCCAACUAUUACGGUGUCUCUGGGUUCCAGACCACUGAGCACUUUCUGACUGCAGUGGCCCAGCGCUUGGGAAAGAAGAAGAAGGGAGGUAUAUACAGUCAGGAGGAGGCAGCCAAAGCGGUCUUGGCUGACUGGGUGAGCGGGAAGAUCAGCUUCUACACACUUCCACCCGCCACACACACCCUGCCCACCCAUCUUAGUGCUGAGAUCGUUAAGGAGAUGACUGAAGUCUUCGACAUUGAGGAUACCGAGCAGGCCAACGAAGACACCAUGGAAUGUUUGGCCAAUGGAGAAUCUGAUGAGCUGUUGGGUGACAUGGAUCCGCUUGAAAUGGAGAUAAAGUGGCUCCAUUCUCCGAUGAUGAAAAUAGUAGAUGCCUUGGAAAAUAAAACCACCGUGUAUAAGACUGGAGAGCUCACUGGGUAUUGCACCAAUUCGAACCGUCAUCAGAAGGGGUGGGCUAAACGCAAUGUGGACUCUUACCCUCGGAAUGUCUGCCCAGUGGAUCGCCGCCCAAUGAUACAAAGGAUCAUGGAGACGGAUCCCCUGCAGCAGGGCCAGGCUCUGGCAUUCGCUCUGAAGAAUAAGAAGAAGAUGCAGAAGCGCACAGAUAAACUCGCCAGUAAGCUGUCUGAUUCCAUGAUGUCUGCCCUCGACCUCUCUGGCAGUACUGACGACAGUGCUGGUGACUGACCGGCUGAUCUCAUCUCCUCCACGCUCCAAGUACCAGUUCCAGUGGGAUGGGGGAAUACAGAUGAAAUAAAAUGGUUUGCUUCUCCCUGAAGCACGUGCAUAUUAAAAGAAUCCCUCCACCAUACCCCACUCCCACUGUUCCUUCCAUUCUCCAGGGAAAAAACAAGGCCCAGGUGGCUGGAACUGGCCAACCCAAUAUCCUUUAUUUAAUCCCCACUGUGUUUUACAAGAGAAAUAAAUUAUCAGCAGAUCUGAUGCUAACAGUUUCUCCCCCACCCCAUAGGUUGGGUAGGUUGGGGGUAAGGGGGACUGACCCCUCACCAAACCCUCUUGGACAGCUAAACAUGCAACUAGAGGCUAGGCUGCUGGUAGACCUGGGGGUCCCUGGGAGGGUGAUGAUUUCUUUACUAGUCCACAACAGAUCUCGGCAGCAAGACACUCCUGCGGUGAGCUGCAGGCCACACAUCUUCCACUCAAGUCCAUAGGUCCUCGCCUGUGUUGCGUUGGGAGUAGGGUGAACAGUAAUGAGCCUUCUGUGUCUGGAAGGCUCUGGGGAUAGGAUAGAGGAAGAAGAAGAAGACACAUAAGCUUGGCUGGUGCUGAAGUAUAAGCACUACCUUGUUCACAUGAAGGGAAAACAAGGCACCUGUUGGUAGGGUGGUUAGGUGUGUUAGGGGCAAACCUCACUUUAGGGCAUUUCUGGGCAGACAGAAUCCCUUGGACUGAGCUACUCUGAGUGGCCCUGCCCUUGUGUAACCACAUCUCAUCCAGAACCAGCAUUUGAAUUCCAUGAUUCAAAAGCGUUCUGGUACCCUUUAUUCACAGGCUGCAGCUUCAAGAGAGGUAUCAGUCGGGGGGUACACCAUCCAAGUCCUUUUCCGGUAUCUAGACGUCAUUACACCCCAUUAAAAUAUAAUUAGCCACCUCCUCUGGCGGAGCUGACCCCAUCAGACAAGCACAGAGAAGCCCAAGCAGUGUCAGGGCCCCUCAUAAAGGGAUUGGGGUGGAUGAUGGCAACAGAAACACAAUCUUACUUUACCUGGUGUUCGGAUUGAGCACAGUAAUUCAGUUCCCAGCUAUCUACCUGAGAUGACACAUUUGAAGGGGGUGCGCAUUCGAUUGCUUCACUCUGCCCUGCCCCACCUUAAACUUCCACACCAUCUAUGGCCCCAGAGCCACAUCUUAGCCUUGCCGCUCAUGCUGUCACCCCCAAAUUGACCUUUUCAAGUCCUAGAGGUGGAACCACAGGAAAGACUGGCAAGUCCUUGGCUGCAGGCUGAUGACCAGGGAAGCACAGACCACUCCUGCAUUCCGGAGCAGCCAGGGGAGAGAAUUGGGUACUGCUUGAGCACAAACCCCAAACCCUGGAAACCUGUUAACCUCCAUUAACCUUCAGUAUGGCUCUGCCACUAUGGGAUUAGUCUCCUCAUAUGGGGAAAAUAAACAGGCUUGACAGUUGUCAGGACACACCUAAGACAUUAAGUGACGGUGACAGGAUUGGAACCCAGGUAUGGUAACCUUAAGCAGGCCAGUUCCUCUGCAUUGAACUGCCUCAACAUCAAUUCACCUGCUGUGUGCCAGCCUCUAAUAUCAGCCCUUUAAAUAUAUUCUCCAUCUUUCUGGUUUAAAAAAAUAGGGUCUUGCUAAAAUUUCACUCUGACUCUUCUUGGACGAGAUCCAACUUAUUUUACACUAUCUUGUUAUCAAACUGUCCCUGUGGGUAUAGUGUUAUAAUGAAAAAUUGGGAUACCAGGACAGCUAAGGCCAUUUUACAACCAUGUGGCAUUUCAUAAUUUAACAUUUAGAGUAUGUUCUAGUACUCCUAAGAGAUGCUGAUUACUGAGUACUAGAAACAGGAGGUAUCUUGAUUAAGAAAUAGCAUGGGAACAUAAAUUGACCCAAAUCAAACAGAACUCAUGUAGCCAUUGUUGAGGUAAGAAUAUGGGACUCCAGAAUUUCCACAGCAUAUCACAAGUUUUUAAAAAAGCUGUUUCUUGAGUCUUUUCCUUCUUACCUUUUGAAAAAUAUACACAUAAUUUACAUACAAUAAAGUACCCUUUGAAUUGCCAGUUAUAAAAGUAGUCACGGAGAUAUAGAGUACAGCCUAGGGAAUAUAGUCAAUAAUGUGAUAACUAUGGGGCCAGGUGGGUAUUAGGCUCAUCAGGGUGACCACUUCAUAAGGUAUAUAAAAUGUCUGAUCACUGUUAUACACCUGAAACUAAUAUAAUACUGUAUGUCAGCUGUAAUUGAAAAUAAAUUUUAAAUGUAAAACUACUCUUUAUAGUAGAAGUUCUGUGAGUUUGAACAAUGUACACAGUAGUGAACUAGCAUUAAGAUACGUAAUAGUUACAUCACCCCUAAAACUCUCAGGCCCCUUUGUAGUCAACCCCACUUACCCUCAGAUCCUGGAACCACUGAUCUGGUUUCUGUCACUAUAGUUUUGCUUUAGCUGAAUGUCAUGUAAAAAGAAUCAUACAGCAUGUAGGCUUAUUUUAUCUAUAGGUUUUUACAUUUUUAUUUAAAAAUUUACAUAGAAUAAAAUUCCCUCUGGUGUACAGUUCUAUAAGCUUUGACAUGCAUAUAAUUGUGUAACCAACCCAAGGUACAGAGCAGUUCCAUUACCCUCUGACCACUGCCAAAUUCAUUCCUGCUACUUUAUAGUAAAAACCUCCCUCGAACUCCUGGCAACCCUGAUUUGUUCUUUGUCCUUACAGUUUUGUCUUUUGGAGAAUGUCAUGUAAGUGGAAUUAUAUAGUCUGUGACCUUCUGAUACUGGCUUUUUUCACUAAGCAUAAUAUGUUUGAGAUUCAUCUACCUUUUGGGGUUUAUCAAUAGUUCCUUAUUUUUGAGACAUACUUCAUUGUAUGGAUGGAUGUAUCACUGUUUGUUUAUCCAUUCCUCAGUUGAAGUCACAUUGGACUGUUUUCCAGUUUUGAACAAUUAGAAAUAAAGCUGCUACAAACA